ACAUGCAGAGCAUGACAACAUGCAUGAGAUUAUAUCAAGUGAAAAUGAUGCUUGCAUUCACAAUCCUAAGAAAUUUGUGAACUCAUUGUUAGUGGAUAAGGAAUCUGAACUGAGGAAUUCUUCAAAAAGUGAUGGAUUUGAGGAAAUUCAAUUAGAAGUUCUGGAAAAUAACUCACAAAUUUCUUCAUAUGUGAACACAUCUGAACCGUCUUCCUAUCAACAAUCUUCUCGUAUCAUUGUCAAUGAAGAAGACAAUUUUUGGAAAGAAAGACAAAAUGAGAAACAUACUAUAUGUCCGUGUACAAAAUCAACUGCAGAAGAUGUUAUGCUUAUGUGUUUGACUCUAGGAUUGAGGCAUAAUUUAUCGUGGCUAGCACAAGUAGAUAUUUUGAAAAUGAUAAAUGCAUUGCAUUUAUGCAAUGAUUGCAACUGUGGACAUGUUAUCAGUGUUUACUCCUCAAAUUAUUUUUUAUCCAUAGAUUUGGAAUCUCAAUUUAAGAGACUUCUUAAGAAUACAACUAUUAUUGAUUCUCUUCUGACUUAUAGAUUUAAUCGUUCAAAAAUUAACGAUACUGCUUUAGAAGAUAUCUAUGAUGGAGCAGAAUAUAGAAAACACUUUGAUAAUGGAAAGGUUCUUUCACAUCUUUAUAAUUUCUCGUAUUCAUUUAGUACUGAUGGUAUUCCUAUGGGUAAAUCUUGUGGCAAAACAAUAUGGCCCAUUUAUGUUACGAUAAAUGAACUGCCACCAAAGGAAAGGAGUAAACACGUCUUACUUGCCGGAUUGUAUGUUGGGAAAAAAGAUCCAAAUCAAAAUGUUUUUUUACAACCUUUUAUUGAACAAGCUAACAAGUUGUCUCUUCACGGCUUUCAUUGGAAUCACAAUGGAAAAGAUGUAAUAAGUAAAGUGAUUCCUUUGUGUGCUAUCGUUGAUUCUGUAGCUCGAUUUCAAAUGUUAAAUAUGUCUGGCAUCAAUGCUUACUAUGCAUGUACAUUUUGUUAUCAAAAAGCUGAACAUACGGUGAAAGGGCAGAGAUUUCCUCCAUGUACAUACAAAGCACCUGAACGAACAACAAAUAGUACUAUAAAAGACAUCGAGAAAACUUAUGAAAAGCGAAACGAACGUGAUGAAAGAAAGCGAUAUGUAAAAGGCGUGAAGGGACCAACAGCAUUGUUACAAUUACAUUUCUUUAAUUUGAUUGCUGGAUUUGUGCCCGGUUAUAUGCAUUGUAUUCUUCUGGGUGUUAUUCGAUUGCAUACAAAAUUGCUUUUUGAUUCUACCCAUAAAAAAUUUUGGAAAAAUAUGAGAAACAAUGAUGAAAUAGCUAUGAAGCACUUAAUAUCUGCCAUUGAUGAACAUUUUAUUAACAUAUGUGCUUUGACCUCUAUCACUCGAUCCGUUCGUUCUCUUUCACAGAUAAGUAUUUGGAAAGCGUCUGAAUGGAGAUCUUGGCUAAUAUUUUAUUGUAUACCGUGCUUGAAAGGUUUUUAAAAAAAAAAAUAUUUAAAGCAUCUUGCUAUGCUGUCAAAAGCUACAAACAUGCUUCUGCAAAAGUCUGUUACAAAAGAAAAUGUCGUACAGGCACACGAGUUAUUUUUGAGUUGUUUUCUUAUUUAAUAAGUACUUUGGUGUUACAUCAAUGGUAUUAAAUGUGCAUCUUUUAACUCACAUUGCACAAAAUGUUUUAAACUGGGGUCCUCUUUGGACU